GCUCACAGGUUGGUGAAGCUUUGUGUUCAUAGCACAAGACCCCCAACCCCCUCCACUAGGAGACAGGGCGAUUGGAAACCUAGAGGGAGCAAGGGACCAAAGACGUACGGUUAACAUUUAAUCUCAUCAAAGGACUCUAGAGGAAGUUCCUUGACAGGAGAUAAAGCGGAUUGAUGCAGAACUGCUGCCUAAAGAACCUGAUGAGCAUUCCAUUCAAUUACAAAUCUAUCGCUACGUGACAUAACUAUGAACUUUAAAAGAUUGUGCCCUGUCAAAGGGUGUCUCCAUUGACCUGUCAACUCAGUUGUGACACAUCUCAGAUCCAAAAAUAGACACACUUUGGUUGAAACCGGCUUGCUACAAUGUCUUCAGCCAUGGGCAAAAUGGUUGAAUGGACCAACCGUCGCUGUCAGGGCUCAGCAUUGGUUCUUCUCUACCUCUUCCUGACUGCUUUGGCUGCGAAGCCCAAAGGUCCAGGCCACACGCAUCUAAACUCUAUCCGGAUUGAUGGGGAUAUUUCAUUGGGCGGCCUGUUUCCAGUUCACGCCCGGGGUCACGAGGGCAAACCCUGCGGUGAGCUAAAAAAGGAAAAGGGAAUCCAUCGUCUGGAAGCUAUGCUCUUUGCUCUGGACCGCAUCAACAAUGACCAUGAACUGCUCCCAAAUAUCACGCUGGGCGCCCGCAUUCUGGACACAUGCUCGCGGGACACACACGCUCUGGAGCAGUCUCUCACUUUUGUCCAGGCCCUCAUCGAAAAGGAUGGCACGGAUGUGAAGUGCCAAGGUGGAGGAUCGCCCAUCAUUACCAAGCCAGAAAGGGUGGUGGGUGUCAUUGGAGCGUCGUCCAGUUCCGUGUCUAUAAUGGUGGCUAAUAUCCUCCGCCUGUUUAAGAUUCCCCAGGUGAGUUAUGCCUCCACGGCUCCUGAGCUGAGUGACAACACCCGUUAUGACUUCUUCUCCCGUGUGGUACCGCCGGACACCUAUCAGGCACAGGCUAUGGUGGAUAUUGUCAGGGCCAUGCGCUGGAAUUACGUCUCCACGGUGGCAUCGGAAGGGAAUUACGGAGAGAGUGGCGUGGACGCCUUCAUCCAGAAAUCUCGGGAAGAGGGAAGUGUGUGUAUCUCACAGUCUGUGAAAAUCCCCCGUGAGCCGAAACCAGGGGAGUUUGAUAAGAUAAUUCAGAGACUAGGAGAAAAUCCGAAUGCGAGGGUUGUUAUUAUAUUUGCAAACGAGGAUGAUAUAAGGCGGCUACUGCAGGCGGCAAAAAAAGCCAAUCAGACGGGUCACUUCCUGUGGGUGGGGUCAGAUAGCUGGGGCUCGAAGAUAUCGCCUGUGCUUCACCAGGAGGAAAUGGCCGAGGGGGCUGUCACCAUCCUACCCAAACGACAGAGCAUUAGAGGCUUUGAUCGCUACUUCACCAGCCGCACACUCGAGAACAACCGGAGGAAUAUCUGGUUUGCGGAAUACUGGGAGAACAAUUUCAACUGCAAGCUCAGCCGCCAUGCCUUGAAGAAGGGAUCCGGCAUUAAGAAAUGCACAAAUCAAGAGAGGAUUGGAAAAGACUCGUCCUACGAGCAAGAAGGAAAGGUGAUGUUCGUGAUUGAUGCAGUGUACGCAAUGGCGCACGCCCUCCACAACAUGCACAAAGACCUCUGCCCUGGCAAGGUGGGACUCUGUUCCAAAAUGGACCCAGUUGAUGGAACCCUCCUGCUAAAGUACAUCCGCAAUAUCAAGAUAGCAGGCAUUGCUGGCAAUCCGGUGCAGUUCAAUGAGAAUGGAGAUGCCCCAGGCCGUUACGAUAUCUACCAGUACCAGAUUAAGAACAAAACAGCAGAAUACAAGACCAUCGGCCACUGGACUGACCAACUUUACCUAAAUAUGCGGGCGAUGCAGUGGCCAGGUGGAGGGAAGCAGGUGCCGACUUCCAUCUGCAGUCAGCCCUGCAAACCUGGAUGGCGUAAGAAGAUCGUUAAGGGCAUUUCCUGCUGCUGGCACUGCGAGCGCUGCGAUGGUUACCAGUAUCAGCACGACCUCUACACCUGCAAGAUGUGCCGCUUUGAUUUAAGACCUAACAAGAAUCACACAGGCUGCCAGCCCAUUCCGAUUGUGAAGCUGGAGUGGAGCUCACCCUGGGCAGUCAUACCGGUCCUCAUCGCUAUUCUCGGCAUCAUGGCCACUCUUUUUGUUGUGGUCACCUUCAUUCGGUACAAUGACACGCCGAUUGUUAAGGCAUCCGGACGUGAGCUCAGCUACGUCCUGCUUACGGGAAUCUUUUUGUGUUACGCCACCACCUUCCUGAUGAUCUCGACCCCAGAUGUAGGGAUCUGUUCACUGAGGCGAAUUUUCCUCGGGCUCGGAAUGAGCAUCAGCUAUGCGGCGCUGCUCACCAAAACCAAUCGGAUUUAUCGGAUUUUCGAGCAGGGAAAAAUGACAGUGAGCGCGCCACGCUUUAUCAGUCCGGCUUCGCAGUUGGUAAUUACCUUCAGCUUGAUUUCCGUUCAGCUCCUAGGGGUGUGCAUCUGGUUCGCAGUGGACCCUUCCCAAGCUCUCAUUGACUAUGAGGACCAGCGCACGGCAGAUCCCGAGAUGGCGUGUGGAGUCCUAAAGUGUGACAUAUCAGACUUGUCGCUCAUCUGCCUCCUGGGAUACAGCAUGUUGCUGAUGGUGACGUGCACGGUGUACGCCAUCAAGACGCGUGGGGUCCCCGAGACCUUCAACGAGGCCAAGCCCAUCGGCUUCACCAUGUACACCACUUGCAUCAUCUGGCUCGCUUUCAUCCCCAUUUUCUUCGGGACAUCGCAGUCAACGGAAAAGAUGUACAUACAAACAACCACACUGACCAUCUCAGUGAGUCUGAGCGCGUCUGUGUCUCUGGGGAUGCUCUACAUGCCAAAAGUCUAUGUGGUGCUCUUCCAUCCGGAGCAGAAUGUGACCAAACGCAGCACUCGCAGCCUGAAAGCUGUGGUCACUGCCGCCACCAUGUCUAACAAGUUCAACCCCAAGGCCAGCCUGCGGCCCAACGGAGAAGCCAAGUCUGAGCUGUGUGAAAACCUGGAAACUCAGGGACUCAGCCCUAAACAAACGUACAUCAGCUACAGCAACCACGCAAUCUAGGUAAGGGAUAAAAGGCCACUACCAAAUCCCAGAAGUGACCCCCAGAAGACAGCAUUUCAAGAUAAAUCACUCUCACGUUAUGUCACUUAUGAAAGUGAGAUAGCGGAUGGUUGGAAGACCCCCACAGACAUGUUUGCAUUAAUGAAGCUCAUGUGAAGUCACAUAGGGAGCAUCUUGGGAGGCCGAGACUGUUGAGGCGGUGAUGUUGGAAUGACGGUCUGUCACCCAGACUAUUCCAUUACAGCUUACUCUAUCUAUUCCAGAUGUCAUUGUUAAAGUGAUACACACUAAUUAAGGACAACAUGUCAGUGUCUGCUGUUUCAUUGACGCUAACACUAUGUGGUGGCUUAAAAAAAAAAAGAAGAAGAAAAAAAUAAUUAAAAAAAAAUAAUUCAAAGCUUUUUCCUCUUGUUUUCUCCUUGGUGAUGACAACAGCAAAG